UUGAUCUCAGGACGUAAGUAAACACUCCCAUGUCAAUCUAUCAUUUACCUCACCAGAAUCCUUCAAACGUGAUAACAUUGACCAUUCCCCACAAGGAUUAUAUCCUCUAAAAACAUCCAAGAAUCCUGAAUAAGGCAUACAACCCAGGACGGAUCCAUGGAGUCAGAAAUCUCCCACCAGUAUCCCCCACUUGUCAUUGGCCCUCAACCCCUUCAACUUGCACACCAAUCGUUUCAGUAGCAUCAGCGGUCACCAUUCCUCUAUGAAUGGGCAAUGAACCAUUCCCCAGCAGUCUCCGGUCCGCCGCAGGAGCCGUCGGAACAGCAACAACAAGCUGCGCAUGAAGAGAGAGCUCGGUGCGAAUGGAACUUCCGUCUCUCGGCUGCUGUCUCCCCGGCGGCUACCGGAGCCAUCUCCGACGCCAUCGGCACCGUCGAGUUCGACCCCACCGACCGCCUCCUCGCCGCAGGCGGCAUCGCUAGAAAGAUCAGGAUAUACGGCCUCCGCAGCUUGCUGCCGGAAGAGCGCGGUCCGAGCCCCACCUUCUCCGACCACUCGACUGCCUGUCGGCUGUGUAUCUGCACGCCGGCCAAGCUCAGCAGCCUGCGGUGGCGGCCCGACUCGAGUGGCCGCAUCAUUGGUUCCGGCGACUACGACGGCGUGGUCACCGAGUACGACGUGGAGCGGGGCUUCCCCGUGUUCGAGCGUGACGAGCAUGCCGGGCGCCGCGUCUGGUGCGUGGACUACUCCGUUGACGGGGCCCUCGGCGCUUCGGGGUCCGACGACGGCACCGUGCAGCUAUGGGACUCGAGGUGCGCCGACGGCGGAUGCACGGCGGUCGCACGCGCCGACGGAGCGGUCUGCAGCGUGGAAUUUGACCCGGAGGGCGGGCCGUGGGUCGGGGUGGGGAGCGCCGACCGGCACGCGUACGUGUUCGAUCUGCGGGCGGUCUCUGCAGGGCCAGUGGCGGCGCUCAGUGGGCAUGGGCGGACGGUGACGUACGUGCGGUUCGCGCCGGGAGGGCGGCGGGUGGUCACGUCGGGGAUUGACGGCUCCCACCGACUGUGGGACUGGGCGGAGGGGAGGCAAGUCCGGGCGUACCGCGGCCACGCCAACUCGCGUAACUUCAUCGGCAUGUCGGUGUGGCGCGGCGCGGGGCUCAUCGGGAGCGGGUCGGAGAGCAACGAGGUGUUCGUGUACGAUCUCCGGUGGGGGGAGCCAAUAUGGGUGCAGGGCUUCGGGAACCGAGGGGAGGAGGGGCAGAGCCGCGACGGGUUCGUCGGGGUGGCGAGCUGGAGGCAAUCGGCCGCAGGGGACGGCGAGGGCGCGCUCGCUGCAGGCGGAUCCGAUGGGGUGUUGCAGGUGUUCGUUGGGAGGAAGAUGACGGGAUCUGACUGAUACAAACCCCCAUACCAGUGCUAAUUCUUCUUUCACUUCUUUGAUGUUUUGAUGUUAGCAAGUUCAUUUCAUAGCUCAUACAACAUAUAAAACAAAAGAUUUUCCAUUUAAGCAUUACUAUCAUACUGUGAGAACAUUUGGAGAGGAUUGAUGAUCCAAAUUUGAUAGGAUUUCUUCUGUUUCUGGCUACAUUACAUUGAGCAAUAAGAUAUAUUUGAUCUCUCUC